ACGCGACAGGGACUGACAAGAUGGCGAUCAUUUUGGAAACAGAGGAGUUACUGCCGUGAAGGAGAGGCUAGACACCAUGCCCUGGCAGGGUGCCAUUUCACAGCUUGCCGUGGUCACCAUGGUGAUAUGAAGCCAGUGUGAAUUGUUGACACGUGCUCACAGACUCGUGUGUGAUGGACAGGUGUAAGCAUGUGGGGCGGCUGCGGCUCGCCCCCGAUCACUCCAUCCUCAACCCUCAGAAGUGGCACUGCGUCGACUGCAACACCACCGAGUCCAUGUGGGCCUGCCUGGGCUGCGCUCACGUGGCGUGCGGGCGCUACAUCGAGGAACACGCCCUGCAGCACUUCCAGCAGCAGCGCCACCCGCUGGCCAUGGAGGUUAACGAACUCUAUGUUUUUUGCUACUUGUGCGACGACUACGUCCUGAACGACAACGCCACGGGAGACCUCAAGCUGCUCCGCAGUACGCUCAGCGCCAUCCAGAGCCAGCGAUAUGAGGUCACCACACGCAGCGGGCGCACCCUCCGCUCUGCUAGCUCCGCCCCCGAUGCCCUCAUGCCAUGUGGAGCCCGCGAGCUGCAGCUGAGGGAUGAGGACAGGAUGUUCACCGCUCUGUGGCAUCGCCGCCGGGCGCUCAUGGGACGCGUCUUCCGCUUCUGGUUCGCACUCACCGAUUGUGGAAAGAAGAGGGAAGAAGAGGAGAGGAAGAGGGAGGAGGAGGAGGAGCAGAAAAGGGAAGCGAGGGAGAGGAGGCGGGCUCAAAAGAGGCAGCUACAGGAGGAGCUGGAGAACGCUCCUUUGAGAAAGAGCCGGCGUUUACUUCGGAGAAGCCAGCGAGUCACAGAGGUGGUGGUCGCAAAACCAUCCAGGACAUCACACAAUAAGACAAAAACCCCUUUGCCUUCGACUCCCGCACACAGGUCGCGGACUCAGAGUCCUGCUUCUGCUACGCCCAAAAGAACCACACGGACAAAAAAGGCCCAAUCGACUCUUAAACGCAGGAGUCGUUCCUCUACCACCAAAUCGAAGCCCAAAACACCUUUAGCAUCUCCUCGAACUGCUCAUACACCUGUUCGCCACAAGCAGAGCACCAAACAGGGGGGCUCACCCUUUAAACGCCGUCCCACGGUUACACCCGGCGUGACGGGCUUGAGGAAUUUAGGCAACACCUGUUAUAUGAACUCCAUUUUACAGGUGCUGAGUCACCUGCAUGUCUUCAGGGAGUGUUUCCUGCGCCUGGACUUGACCCAGGCACUGGAGCUACUGGCAACCGCCGUCCACGGACAACUGGCAGCCGGGAAGGCCUUAUCCCAGUCGCCCCUGUCCCAGAGGAAGGGCCUUCAGACCAGCUACGGUUCUGGGGCAGGACUAAGCGGCGGGGCGUCGCGGUCCCGUAGCAUGGAGCUGAUACAACCCAAAGAGCCAAGCUCCAAGCACAUCUCCCUCUGCCACGAGCUGCACACCUUGUUCCAGGUCAUGUGGUCGGGCAAGUGGGCGCUGGUGUCGCCGUUCGCCAUGCUGCACUCGGUGUGGCAGCUGAUUCCCACGUUCAGGGGCUACGCACAGCAGGACGCCCAGGAGUUCCUGUGCGAGCUGCUGGACAAGGUGCAGCACGAGCUGGAGAGCACCGGCAAACACACGACGUCGACGGGCGUCCCGCAGAAGCGGCUCAUCAAGCAGGUGCUGAACGUGGUCAACACCAUCUUUCAUGGUCAGCUGCUCAGCCAGGUGACGUGCCUGGCGUGCGACCACCGCUCCAACACGGUGGAGCCGUUCUGGGAUUUGUCUCUGGAAUUCCCGGAGCGCUAUCACAGCAACAGCCGGGAGUCGGCGGCGCAGGCCUCGUGCCAUUUGACCGAGAUGCUGGCCAAGUUCACCGAGACGGAAGCGCUGGAGGGGAACAUCUACGCCUGCGACCAGUGCAACUCUGCUCGACGGCGGUCGUCGUCCAAGCCCGUCCUCCUGACCGAAGCACAGAAACAGCUGAUGGUCCACAAACUGCCUCAGGUGCUGCGGCUUCACCUCAAACGCUUCAGGUGGUCGGGGCGGAACCACCGGGAGAAGAUCGGAGUCCACGUCAGCUUCGACCAGAUCCUCAACAUGGAGCCGUACUGCUGCAGAGAGCCACCGCCGCCGUCACCGCCGCCCAAAACCUCAUCCUGCUCUAGUCCUAGCGGCAGCCCCGCCUCCCCGAGCUCGCCGCGACCCAAGCACUUCCUCUACGAACUCUCUGCCGUGGUGAUGCAUCAUGGGAAGGGCUUCGGCUCUGGCCACUAUACGGCCUACUGCUACAACAAAGAAGGAGGUUUCUGGGUUCACUGUAACGACUCUAAGAUGAACGUGUGUUCAGUGGAGGAAGUGUGUCGAGCUCAGGCGUACAUCCUCUUCUACACGCAGAGAGUAACUCAGGACAAAGACCGGCCGCUGUAGACCCACAAUCCACCUCUUCUUCUUCUUCUUCUUCUGACCACUCAGCGAGACGACGACAUCAGCACAGCGCCACCUAUCGCUCUUUUUCUCCCUGGUUGUUUUGGGCAUUUCUAUCCUGGGAGGAUGGGUCUUUUUUUAUCAAGUCAGAGAGAGAAGACGGACUCUUUUUUUUAAAAAAAAACAACCUGGUUCUGCUUUUUGAACUUGUUCAUGGUGUUUAUAUGUAGGUAUUUCUUAAAAAGAAAAGAUUUGGUUCUGUUUGUGUUUUAUGUACAGUGAUUUCUUUUUUUUUUAUUAUAAAUGAGAGAGUUUAAGCCAACAUGACGAAUUCUGCGUUCACACCGGAUAUGGCGCAAAUUUGUCGCGCAACAAGAAGUUGGCGCAAAGACACGACAAAAUCGCACAACAUAUUUUCAAGUUUUGCGGAAGAAAAUUCAACUUCUGGGACAAAUUUGUCAACUGUCAACUUGAAAUGUUUUUAAACUUCCUUGAAAAUUUUUAAACUUUUGCGAAACAUUUUCAACUUCUGCGAGAUUCUCACGUACGCAAUUGCAUCUAUCGCACAAGUCGCGCUCCAGUUCAAUUUUUUUCUACCUUUGCGAGAAAUCAUCGCUGAGAUUCUACGAAUUAUGUCAGGUACUCGGCAGUGUCCAUCGCGUCACAGAAUUAUCCCGCGGCACGAUAGACGCGAUUGGCACGCAGCGACGUGACAAAAUCACGUCGGACACUCGUGUUGAAAUUUUUCAAGUUUUGCGAGAAAUCGCGCUGACCGAGCGACCAGUCGGCAUGGAGAUUCUCCAAAUUACGCCACGUAGUUGCCCCAGUGACAAACGGCGUUCGGUGCGAGCACAGCAUCACACACACAUAAGUGCGCCCCCUACAGGUCGUACAGCUGUAUUUUAGUUUUUAAUGUAAAUGUUGUUUGUGUGUCUGUUUUAAAGGAAACAAAAUCAAGUUGGAAAAUGUUCCUCAGUCACUUUAGAAACUGGAUAUCGUUAAAGUGUCACUCGCUCUCGAAGAAAACGGCCGACCGCAGGAACGUUUUCCCGGCAAUUUUUUUUCCUGCCAGUUCAAAUGCACUAUGAUUGUUUUGUUUUUGUUGUUUUUUUAAGCAAAACUGUUGUUUCAUGGUUCAAAUAUUUGUACACAAACAGGACAGGAAGUUUAUUUUUCAGGAAAACAAAUAGCUGACCUCAAACCAAAGCUUUGGAAUUUAAGAAAAAAAAAAAAAACCUCACCACAUUUUCCCAAACUCCCUCCUCAGAUUGAAACCCCAAAACCUUUCCAAAUUGAUUUUUGGCUAAAUGCUGCCACCUAUCUGCUGCAGAAUGUAACUGCCGUUGGAGGCUGAAAAACAAACCAGUGUCUGUAAAAGAAAAAGUGCCCUUUUGUUUAAAAAUAAAAGUAUAUUUUUAUAAUAUCAAGUUUUUUUAAAAAGUGGAAUCAGCACAAAAACCAGCAUUUAUUAACGUAACGAAUGUAUUUUUUAUAAAAAAAAAAAUCCUUUUCCUUAAAAGAGGCCAUUGACUGUUUUUGAAAGGUUUUAUACAAUUGCCGAUUUGUUCACCAGCAGCAGUGACACGGUUCACCAGUUCAUUCAGUAAAUGUGUGAGUGAGCGUGUGUUGGUUUUAUUAUUUAUCUCCAUACUGGAGAACGAUGUAUAAAACGAAAAGAAAAAAGGAGAAACAAAAAGAGAAGAGGAAAGAAGACUUCCUUCACAUUUGAACCAGCAGAGGGAAAAACAAAGCACACUUUGUAUUGUUUGCAUUUUGGUUACUACUCCAUGAAUGUGUGUGUGUGCGCGAGUGAGUGAAUGGAUGAAUGUAAAGUUAUGGAAGUUAUACUAUGCAAAUUGUUACCUCAAUUUUUUGGUUUUCUAGAGAAAAUUACCUCAAUAAAUGAGAAUAUUUUUUCAUUUUUCUACAAACGA